UCCGCUAGGUGUCGUUGAAAAUUGUCGUCUGACUUUGACAGCUUCUGUUGUUCAUUUGUAAUCAAAUCCGGAAGAUGAUUAAAGCUAUACUUGUUUUCAAUAAUCAUGGCAAGCCCCGUUUAUCAAAAUUCUACCAGUAUUUUAAUGAAGAUAUGCAGCAGCAAAUAGUUCGUGAAACCUUUCAGCUUGUCAGCAAGCGUGAUGAUAAUGUCUGCAAUUUUCUUGAAGGCGGAAGUUUGAUAGGAGGAUCUGAUUAUAAACUGAUAUAUAGGCACUAUGCCACAUUGUAUUUUGUGUUCUGUGUUGACUCCUCAGAAUCAGAAUUGGGGAUAUUAGAUCUGAUUCAAGUAUUUGUUGAAACUUUGGAUCGCUGCUUUGAAAAUGUUUGUGAAUUGGAUCUGAUCUUCCAUGUUGAUAAGGUUCAUUACAUCUUGAAUGAAUUAGUAAUGGGUGGAAUGGUUCUAGAGACUAACAUGUCUGAAAUUCUUAGUCGAAUAGAGGAUCAGAAUAAAUUGGAAAAAUCCGAAGCAGGGCUUAUUAGCCUUAAAAAUGUAAAUCUUCCUAAUUUACCAAACAUUCCUCAACAGAUUAAGGAUAUUAAACUACCAGAUCUACCCCAAGCUAUAAAAGACCUGAAAUUCUAAUGUAAUAGCUCUUAAUGUAUGAUUCAAAAUAUUCUGUGCGAAAUACAAUAAGAUGCACAACAAUCGUUUUGA